AUGGACGACGUGCAAACCACCGCAAGAUGGGCCAACCGCGUCCUGCGCCCUUUGACCUCCAUCUACCGCCGACUUGAAAAGCACCAAGAAACAUUGGCGAUCAUCGCUGCCGAUUCAAGGGCACAGGAACAUAAUACAGACAUUGAUACCCACCCGCAAGAUACGAGUGAGGUUGUGAAGGCCCGGGACAAUUGCUCUGGAUCGGACGCGGAUGAGAACGACCCAGUCUGGAUCCCAGGGAAGAAGCCGGAUCAACGGCGCGUACGGCAUAGAUAUUCGUCACGAGGAGACAGGAGGGGUGGGAAAAAGCGAUCGCGACUUUCUAUCCACAGUCCGGAAGCCCAUCGCACUCUGCCCGGUGCGAUUGAACUCGCAACGCCCAUGAUCACGGGAAAGCGAUGGGAGGCGCCCUCGAGUGCUUGCGCACAACUUUCGGCUGAACAGAUCAAGCCUACGAACCCACAGGGACAACUGCAAGCCUUUCGUGACAAAUAUCCCCUUCACAAGAGCCCCUGGCAGGAACUCCUCGACCAGUCCGGCGACACAAGGUUCGCCAACAUAGCACACAAUCUCGACCGCAUUCUCCAAAACUUUUUAUGCAACACGCGCAUUACAAAAUAUGAUGUUCAUGACGCACCGACCAAGCCAGGCCGUGGUGCCCGAUCUCUCAUGUCGAUGGUGGUACGACGCCUGCCCGAAUUCAUCGCAAACGAGCAGGAUGCACAAGACAAGCUAGAAGAACAUGGGGAUGAGGACAUGUGCGACGCUUAUUUUACCGAGUUGGAAUUAUUUUACGCGCCGCAUGGCAGAGGGUGGAAACCGCUUCGAGAGGCUGUUCGAGCGCAAGGCAUUCACCUGGUUUCGGCGAUGAUCUUGAACAAGUGGUUGACAGAUCCCAUCGCCUGUGCACUGAUCGAAAAGUGUCGCUAUCAUGAGCCGGACGCGUGUGAAUCAUUGCUUUCGACUUUUCUAUCUACACGCACAAACUAUCAUUAUCCAGUCGCCCUCAAGCCUCCUGCCGACUCCGCCUUGCCAGGUGAUCCUGUUCAACUAUUGCGCAAGUAUGCACAUUAUGGCCCGGCUCAUCGCUCUUACAUCUUUGAUGAGCUUUCCAAGCUUCUUAUACGUCGUGUGUUGCCUCCGGAGUGGAUGGCGACUAAGUUGUGGACUAGUUGGAUGACACGAGCGACUAUAUCAUUUUCAAAAAGAGACGAUGAUUGUACCGCGGCAUCGCGUCUGAUUGAAGCUGUGCUCGUCUCAGCUAGUAAUGUUCGUCCGACUGCUACAGCCCCAAUAUCCAAGAAGAGGUGCCCCGAAAGAUACAGUAUGGAUGGCGGGAGACAAGCUCAACCGUCUUCUAACUCACUAAUGGAUCAACCUGGGUUUUCUCGAAAUUGCCCUGUGCCAGUGGAAGAUGCGCUGAGCAACCAUGUGGCAAGCCUUUUGGCGGCGCUAUGCGGCAUGCACAUCUCGCGAUCUCGCGAGCUCGAUGGUUCUGAGCCCUUCAAUGGAACGAACGCCGGCCAUAUCAUCAAUUAUCUUUCUUUUGCCCUCGAGAAAGACGUGGAAUCCAAGCCACAGUCUCAUGUUGUCUAUUUGGCAUCACAUCAGUUACUGAGACGCGGUUGCAUCCUAUUAGCAGAUUGUCUCCUACAAUGCAACAAUGCAAUUUUAGGGAGUGACCCCCAAAACGCGGUUGGCUCGACACCCGGCAUUGAACGAUAUUGUAAGACUUUGGCGUCUCGCUCAGAUCUAGUUAAAGAAUUGGCAUUAUUUGUGCGGCAAGCUUUCCGUUGCUUUGGAAGCACAACAGAUGAUGAACGCCGCCAUAUGGGUCAAGAGGUUCGCCGCAUGGUGUCUCGGCUUCCGCGCCUGACUGAUGCGACAGCUUUGUCUACUCUUCUUGGCCGGGUGGCUGUGGAGGCUGCCAUGGAGUUUGCAGAGGGUACCGGCGAACCAGACGAUCAUGUGUGGGCGGUGGAGGUUCAAGAGACGGUUAUUUCUCUCCAAAGCCUGAAAGAGCCGAGCUCAAAAUCUGCUGCUGACGAGCCAGAAGAACAGAGACAGCGAAAGGAUUGUUUCCGCUGGGAGGAGAGCAUUGGGGAGUGGGUUGCUCGCACGCCAGCAGUCAAGUUGAACCCGGUGCCAAUCGUUAUGCCCAGGGGACGUCGCUCUUUGACCGCAAGGCCGAUGGCAUACAUCCCCUGCUCCACAGACAGCAGCUCGCCCGAGUCUGACCGCUUCGAGAAACCUGCCUCGAGCUUGACCUCAUCUCCACCAUCAGGGGGGAUCAAACGGACCUUCGAAUGCACAGACUCUUCUCCGUUGCAGCCCGCUAAACGACGACGCCCAGCUCCUGUCAUCGUUAAGAAUCCAGAAAACCGUGGCAGAAGAAGAAGUGGACCCUCGUCUGCUACUAUUGCAUCCAAAUCUCCGUCUCUGGAGCCGGUGCCCUCUCAACGUCGCGUUCUGCGCGACCUGUCGAACCGAAAUCCAACCAACCGCGCGGCGUCCACGAACGAAAAGCCCGCAACCAAGCUCGAGGUGGUGAUUUUCAACAAGAAGAAGUUUGAGAUGAAAGAAGGAUCUAUUCAAUCGGCCCCCAAGCCGGAGCCAGAACCGGCUGAGAAGCAGAUCUAUCGCGCAGUGGAGCGGCGAAGGCCCGGGCGACCUCGAAUUCCAGCCCUUCCCACUCCAGCCCCGCGCGUGAUGACUCGGCGGCAGUCGACAGUAGUGCCCUGCUCGACCGACGGCAGCGAUGACGAACUUAGCUUCAUUUGA